GUUUUUUAGUAAUGGGCCAUAUGCGCACUUAAAAACAAGAGAAUUUCUAAUUAAAUCAUGGAUGAAAUAUUAUGUCACAACAAAGAAGAAAAUGAAGAUUAUUAUAAAAUUUUGAGUUGCGAUGAAACUUCUACGACUGAGCAAAUAUUGACUGAAUACAAAACUCUUUCUCUUUUGCAUCACCCCGAUAAAAAUCCUGAUGACAAAGAUUCAGUAAUAAAAUUCCAAAAGCUGCAGAAAGCCAAGGAUGUUCUUACUGAUCCUGAAAAGCGAGCUUUAUAUGAUAAAUGGCGCUGCAGUGGUUUCUGCAUUUCAUAUGAAAAAUUCUUGAAUUUGAACAAAGCUUCGCACACAGUAAGCAAUUUUACUACUAAAUUUCAAGCUUAAAUACUGCCAUGGGCAGGUAAAGGGCAGUAAUUGCAAAUUUUUCAUUUUUGUUAUCUAUUGUACAUUA